GAUUGCAGUAAUAUCAGAAAAAAAAUGAGACUUUGCCUCAGGACUAAGUCAGUCAAGCUGUACUACCAUUUGAAGGUUAUGUCCGCAUGAAGCAGACAUUCUUUAACGCUCUGAGGAGCUUAUGGCCUUCGUGACACCAGAUCCAGUCUGAUUUCUACAAGGCAGGAGACUGAAAGGCACUCACCAUCAACAUGAGCACUGAAGGCGAAGAGCAUAUAAUUGACACCAAUCACACCUCAGUUCAUACACUGAGCAAGAAAAAUGGAAAGGAAAGUAGGCGACUCCGCUACAUGCAGAAAGAUGGCCGGUUCCUGGUGGCAUUCCAGAAGCUCCCUGGAGACUGGAGCCCAUAUUUACUGGACAUUUUCACCACCCUCAUAGAGAUUCGCUGGAGGAUGAUGUUAAUUCUCUUUUCCCUUUCUUAUAUUCUUUCCUGGAUCUUCUUUGGUCUCUGCUAUUGGCUCAUUGCCUAUAUACAUGGCGACACUCAGAGUUCAGAUAACAAUCCUUGCAUGGACAACGUGCGUGGCUUUACUGGAGCAUUCCUGUUCUCAAUGGAGACCCAGGCGACUAUUGGUUUUGGCAACAGGGGAAUGACUGAGAAUUGCAUUGGAGCUAUUAUUGUGGUUACCAUCCAUAAUCUAUUUAGCUGUUUUCUCGAUACCAUUAUCAUUGGCAUCAUUGUGGCUAAAAUGGCAUCUGCCCGAAGGAGGUCUCAUGCAGUGCGUUUUAGCAGCUCUGCAGUGGUCAACCUGCAGAAUAGGGUGCUGUGUCUGUCAUGGCGUCUCGGAGACUUCAGGGGUAACCACAUUCUGGAAGGAGUCGUCAAGGCCCAUCUUGUCCGGCAUGUGAAGAAGCGAGGUUCUGUUGUGAUGCUGUACCAGGAUUUGGCCCUCGAGAACCCACAUGUUGUUCUCGUUACCCCCACAACAAUUGUUCACAAACUAAAACCAGGAAGUCCCUUUUACAGAAUAGGUCCAGAUGACUUGAAGAGGAAGAAAUUUGAACUGCUCGUCUCCUUCACCUACACUGGGGACUCCACAGGGCUGCUCCAUCAGACACGCACGUCCUACACUUCUGCAGACAUCCGCUGGGGUCAGCGUUUCCACGAUAUACUGAAAGUGGGGAAGAGACACUACAAGGUGGACUAUUCUAUGUUCAAUGAAACCACUUGGGUGCCAGUGCCCAUGCUCUGUGCAGAGGCUUAUGAAAGAGGGAGUGGACACCCUAAUGAGCGCAAUUCACUCUUACCAUCAGUCACAGGAAACGGCCACAUCUACUGGGCCACCACUAACAGCUCCGAAGAGGUAGUGGUGCAAACAUCUUUGUAAUCACACA